UUUUUUUUUUUUUUUUUUUUUUUUUUUUUUUCUCUCUCUCUUCCUGUCUCCCUCUCUCUGUCUCUCGCUGUCUCCCACUCCCGGCUGGGCAGUGAACUGUCGAUCUUGGCGAAAAGAGGUAAAGAGCCAAGUCUCUCUACGGUGCUCAUGAAAGGACCAGCCAGGCGAGAUGAUCGACCCACAGUAUUAACCCUGGCCCUUGCCUUUUCCCUUUUCUUCUCUUCUCCUCUCGCUUGUUUUUUUUUCUCCGUUUGGCUCUCUUAUUUUCCUAUAGCCUCUCCACUAUAGGAUUGUCUCUGGGUGAAAUAGUCGCAUGGUGCUGUGCUCGCACAUGGUG